UAGAGAGAGGGAAAGCGGGAGGGAGGUGGAGAGAGAGAGAGCGCUGAUUGGGUUGGGGGAACGACUCGGGUCGAGUUUGUCAUGUCUGUUCUGCGAGAACAGCAUUGAUGGCUGAGACAGCGGAGGGGAGAGGAAGAAGAAGAUCCAUAUAUACCAUUGACUGAUCCUAAACUCUCCGAUGUGAUGAUCUGUUCGUUUAAUUUCUUCUAUCUUCUCUCUCUAGAACUCAAUCUUCUCUCUCCAGAGCUCAAUUGAAGAACAAUGAGAAGGAUCAGAGCUAUAUAUCAGAUAAAUCAACACAUCUCCGACUCAAAAUUCGCAUUUUCAGAUUUGAGCUCUUUGAAAGCCACUGUACGGAUCAUUGGAUUUCAUAUAGGAUGUUGAAGUGUGCCACGCUUUCAGCAACUGACUGGUGUCUUUGAUGAUAUAGAAGAAUGAUUAGGUGACUGUAAUUUGAAGUGGUUUGAAUUUGAAUUUAAAUUUCUUAUAAUUGUUCUUCUUCUUUAGAGGGUUUUGAUUUGGAUUUUCGGAAUAAUUUGAGUGCCAUUGAAGAGAUAUAUAGUGAUAACUGUGAAUCUGAAGUUGACUAUAGUAGUAGAGGGCCAAAACCCAUAAGUUUUUCUGGCCUUUUAUAGUGUCUGAAACCCUACAAUAACACAAUAAUUGGAUGUUUGGAGAAGAUUAAAGUUUUGAGUAUAUACUCCAAUGUUCCAACUCUGCAGUUUGAACUUUAGAAUAGAAAUGGAAGAAACCGUAGCUUUGUAAAAGUAAUAGGAAACAAAAGAUUCAAUGGAAGAUUGGUCUAAAUAUGCCCACAGUCCUGCUCAUUUAGCGGUUGCACGCUGUGACCAUGCCGCCCUCAGAAGAAUCACCUCAACCCUCCCUCAGCUCGCUAAGGCUGGCGAGGUUAACACUGAAGCUGAAUCUCUUGCUGCUGAGGUAGAAGCUGACGCUGUAUCUGCUGUUAUUGAUCGGCGGGAUGUUCCGGGCCGUGAAACCCCACUGCACCUUGCUGUGCGCUUCCGUGAUCCAAUGUCAGCUGAGAUUUUAAUGGCAGCCGGUGCUGACUGGAGUCUUCAGAAUGAGGAUGGAUGGAGUGCUCUUCAAGAAGCAAUUUGUGCCAGAGAGGAAAAGAUUGCUAUUAUCAUCGCCCAGCAUUACCAGUUUCUUGCCUGGGCUAAAUGGUGUCGUAGGCUUCCUCGCAUUAUUGCCUCAACAGCUCGACUUCGUGAUUUUUACAUGGAAAUAACCUUCCAUUUUGAAAGCUCUGUCAUUCCAUUCAUCGGCCGCGUUGCCCCGUCAGACACUUACAGAAUUUGGAAGCGUGGCUCUAAUCUCCGUGCUGAUAUGACCCUUGCUGGCUUUGAUGGGUUUCGUAUUCAACGCUCCGAUCAAACUUUCCUCUUCCUUGGAGAUGGAUAUUCUUCUGAAGAUGGUAAUAUAUCUUUACCUCCUGGUUCUUUGAUUGCACUUGCUCACAAGAGGAAAGAAAUAACAAACACUUUGGAGGGAGCUGGUGCUCAACCAACGGAAGCGGAAGUCGCCCACGAAGUGACCUUGAUGUCUCAAACUAACAUGUAUAAGCCAGGUAUUGACAUUACUAAGGCUGAGCUUGUUCCCCAACAUAAUUGGAGGCGGCAAGAGAGGAGUGAGAUGGUAGGAAAUUGGAAAGCCAAGGUCUAUGACAUGCUUAAUGUGACGGUGAGUGUGAAAUCGAGGCAGGUUCCUGGUGCUAUGACUGACGAGGAGCUUUUUUCUGUGGAUGAUGAUGGAAGAAUAAUAAAUGGAGGUGAACAUGAUUAUGAUGAUUUGUUGACAGCUGAGGAAAGGAUGCAAUUAGAUUCUGCACUUGAAAUGGGGAAUUCAGAUGGUCUUUGUGAGGACGAGGAACAUGAGGGUCAGGAUUGCAGUGAAAAUGGUGGAGCUUCCUCUGAAAGUAAUGAAUUUAAUGGUGUUGUCAAACAGAAGAAGAGUUGGUUUGGUUGGAAUAAGAAAGGUUCGAAGCAUGGAGGUGAUAAUCCCGAGGAUUUAAAGAUUUUAAAGAAGUUGUCAAAGUUGGCUCCUGAGAAUAGCAACCGGCAACCUAAUUAUAGUCAAAGAUCAUCAUCUAAAAUCCCCAGGGAAGAAAUGGGGGAUGUUAAAAAGAACAAAGAUAAAAGCAGCAAGAAAAAAAAGAAGAAAGGGGCUACAAGUGAUUCUAAGAAUGAGAGCAAGUAUAAAAAGGGUUUGAGACCUGUUCUGUGGUUGACACCAGAUUUCCCUUUGAAGAUAGAAGAGCUCUUGCCUUUACUUGACAUCUUAGCCAAUAAGGUGAGGGCCAUUAGGAGAUUGAGGGAUCUUUUGACUACUAAACUACCUCAAGGCACAUUUCCUGUCAAGGUUGCUAUUCCAAUUGUCCCAACCAUUCGGGUGCUUGUCACCUUUACGAAGUUUGAGGAGCUUCAGCCAAUGGAGGAGUUCUCAACCCCCUUCUCCAGCCCUGCUAAUUUCCGAGAUGCCAAGUCUAAGGAGUCGGAGGCUUCCACGUCAUGGACUUCUUGGAUGAGAGGGAGCAGAGGUGGGCAAUCAAGCGACAGUGAAAGCUGCAACUUCCAGGAUGAGAUUAACCCUUUCCACAUACCAUCAAAUUAUGCCUGGAUUGACAUCAAUGAGAGGAAACGCCGGAUAAAGGCCAGGAAAGCCAGGAUCAAGAAAAAUAGGAAACAAUCAGCAGCAAAAGUAAGGACAGUGGAGGGCACUUGAGGGAGGAUUUGGAAGAAUAAAAGGCAUAGAAGAUCCUUGGUCAUACUUUGCUGCCUCUGGAUACUUUGCAAGAGGAAGAGGUAAAGCCCAUUUCUUGCAUGUCUGACCUCUAUUCUUUAUUUCGAAUGUGGUGGAGGGGCGUACCGCUCAUGAAACAAUUGCGAGACUUGUUAGAUGACUGUAUUCUUUAAGGAAACUUGGCUCUACUCGGCUGAGAUGCAAUUCCUCAGGCUGGACAAAUAAGCGGCGAACAACUUCCGUCUGAAGAAAAAGUUUCCGGGACAGGAAGAAAUACUUCACCACGCGGUGACUAAAAAUGAAGCCCUUUAGAUAACUGGUUUCACAAUAUCAGACCACGAACUGUCACUCAAAUAAGAGAUCGGAGGUUCUGGAACCAUUUUUGGGGUCUGUAUUUCCUUAAAAUGUAGCACAAGUUGCCUUGGCUAUCGUUUGAAUCCUCCUCUUUUGUGGAUUGUGUCAUUCACGGAUUCUGCUUCAUUUUCAGGAUUUACAUUUCAAUUUUAGACAUAAGGAGCUUGCUAUAUCUGUUGGAGAUGCUAUGACAGUGGACAAAUAGGAUUGCAUUGUGUUAUAUCUGUUUUGAAAAUUAUAUCCGUUACCUUACCUGCCCUAGCAUGGUUUUUCAUGUCAA